AUGCACCCGGUGUUGGCCGCUCUGCUGCUCUUAGCCAUGUGUGCAGGGCGCAUGUCCAGCAAUCCAUUCACCUUGAGACUGGCUGCUGUUCUGGAUGACCCGAUGGAGUGCAGUCGUGGUGAGCGCCUGGCUAUCACCCUGGCCAAAGAGGGCAUCAACCGUGUUAGUAACCUCUCUGUGAUGGGCAAAGUGGAGGUGGACAUUUUUGAACUCCUGAGGGACAGCGAGUACGAGACAGGGGACACCAUGUGCCAGAUUAUCUCUAAGGGAGUAUUGGCGGUCCUGGGACCCUCUGCUAGCCCAGCUUCCGACACCAUCAUCAGUAAUAUCUGUGGAGAGAAAGAGAAUUACAGUAUACCCAUAUCUCCAGGUACCACUACACCACGGCAUAUGGCCGAUGGAAAGACAGCAGUCACACACAGCAUUAUGUUAAAGGCGUCAGAGUUGGGGAUGCUGUCCAUCUACUACACCUACAUCUUCACCACAAUGGAGUUCUCUCUGCUGCAGUUGGAUGACUUCCUGGUGAAGCGCUGGGUCAACAUCCUUGGCUUCUCUGUCCUCAACCACAGCCAUCCUUACUUCCCUGACCUCCUCCUCAGUCUCAACCGCUCCUGGCAGGAAAACUGUGACCAUGCCCCUUUCACUGGGGUCCCGCUCUCCCCAGCCCUGCUGUUUGAUGCCAUGCAUGUGGUGGUGUCCGCGGUGAGGGAGCUCAACCGCAGCCAGAGUGUGGGCGUCACACAGCUAACCUGUCAAUCACCCAAAAUCUGGGAGCACGGCACCAGCCUGAUGAACUACCUACGGAUGGUAGAAUUGGAAGGUCUAACUGGACACAUAGAGUUCAACAGCAAAGGCCACCGCUUCAACUACGCCCUGAGGGUCAUACAGAGCAGCUCGGAGGGGCUAAGGCAGGUUGGUGAGUGGCAUUCGGAGCACGGUCUGUCCAUGGAGAGCGACAUCAACCUCCUCAUCAUGGCCGGCACCAUCUUCAACACCACCCUCACCAUCACCACCAUCUUGGAGAACCCCUACGUGAUGCUGAGGUCCGAACACCAGGCCCUGGAGGGCAAUGAACGCUACGAAGGAUUUUGUGUAGACAUGCUGCGAGAGCUGGCCGAGCUGCUGCACUUCAACUACCGUCUGCGGCUGGUGGCGGACGGCGUGUACGGCGUGCCCAGUGCCAACGGCACCUGGACGGGCAUGGUGGGUGAGCUCAUCUCUAGGAAAGCUGACCUGGCUGUAGCGGGGCUCACCAUCACCUCAGAGAGAGAGAAGGUCAUUGACUUCUCCAAACCCUUCAUGACCCUGGGCAUCAGCAUCAUGUACACAGCACACAUGACACGUCGACCAGGCUACUGGUCCUUCCUAGACCCCUUCAGUCCAGGCGUAUGGCUCUUCAUGCUGCUGGCCUACCUGAUCGUCAGCUGUGUGCUCUUCCUGGUGGCCAGGCUAACUCCGUAUGAGUGGUGUAGUACUGAGCCAUGCUUGCGGGGGCGCUGUAAACUGGUGCUGAACCAGUACACUCUGGGAAACAGUCUGUGGUUCCCUGUAGGGGGGUUCAUGCAGCAAGGCUCAGCCAUCACCCCCCAUGCCCUGUCCACACGCUGCCUCAGCGCUGUCUGGUGGUUCUUCACCCUGAUCAUAGUGUCCUCCUACACAGCCAACCUGGCUGCCUUCCUCACCGUUCACAGGAUGGAGGUGCCCAUCGAGUCUGUGGAUGACCUGGCAGACCAGACCACCAUAGAGUACGGCACCAUGCAGGGAGGGUCCACCAUGACCUUCUUCCAGAACUCUCAGUACCAGACCUACCAGCGCAUGUGGAACUUCAUGCAUGCCAAGCAAACCAGUGUGUUUGUGAAGAGCACGGAGGAAGGCAUCGACCGGGUGCUCAAGUCCAACUACGCCUACCUGUUGGAGAGCACCAUGAACGAGUACUACCGCCAGCGCAACUGUAACCUCACUCAGAUAGGAGGUGUGCUGGACACCAAAGGCUACGGCAUCGGCAUGCCACUGGGCUCAGUGUACCGGGAUGAGAUCGACCUGGCCGUUCUCAAACUCCAAGAGGACAACAGGCUGGAGAUCCUUAAGAGGAAGUGGUGGCGGGGAGACAAGUGUUCCAAAGAGGAUGACCGUCGAGCACAGGGGCUGGGCAUGGAGAAUAUAGGUGGGGUCUUUGUUGUCCUGUUGUCUGGUCUACUGCUGGCUGUGUUCAUGGCAGGGCUGGAGUUUGUCUGGGUGCAGCAACACUCUCCGAGGUCAGAGUUGUCCAUGUGUACAGAGAUGCUGAGGGCUCUCCAUGGGAUCCUGCUGUGCGAGGACAGUAUGGCACUGCAUGGUUUUCGAGGCCCAGGGAUAUUACUACAAACACACACUUCACUCCCAGAGGAGCAUGGCAGGACCAAGACAGCCACUUGCACCCUCAGUAACGGCAUGGUGUGCGGGAUGGACAACAGUAGCAGCGGUCCUAUGGAGUCACAGUCUCAUAGACUGGCACAGGAAGCCAUUUUGGGUCCACGGGGCUGCACUCACGUCCGCAUCUGCCCAGAGUGCAGGGGAUAUAAAGGACUGCGGGUGCAAACACUGCUACCUAGAAAACACUCACCAGACCUCAGAGAGGAGAAUGUUUAGUGCAGGGUUCCCCAAUUGGUGAUUUUAUUUGGCCCUCCCAAGUUUGAGCAAAACUAAAUAUUAUUUAUUGUUGGACAUAAGACUAAAGUCACUUGGAGAUGUGUUUUCAAUGUUGGAAACCUGUUCCAAAGUGUAGAGAUGUGUGAAUAUAUACACAUGUAAAAGCAAGGUUUGAAAUUAUUUUAGUGAAAUAUUUGUUUGGGCUUUUUGCAGUUUACAGAUGUGUAAUUAUGUUCCGGCCACCUGACCAUUGCUCAACAUAAAAUCUAGUUGAUGAUCCCUGGUUUAGGGGGGCGGUGGCACUGACAACUGAGGUGAAUGUUUGAACUAGAGACAGCGUCCAUUGUUUUCAAUAUAUUCUACUCACGUUCACACAUGCUGUUUCGUGAUUGUCUAGAUCGGGUUUUAUAGAGAGCCGA